UUGUUUGCAUUGAUAAUUUUAGGUAGAAAAUGUGACAAUCCAAGCUGUCAGGGGAUCUUAUGUGACACAAUAAUAAACUUUGGAGAAGACCUUCCAGACAGUGAGUUGACAAGAGGUACAGAAGAAGGUGAAGUGGCAGACCUUUGCUUAGCAAUGGGAUCCAGUCUCACUGUCACUCCAGCGGCUGACAUACCAGAGUGUGUCGCUGAGAGAGGAGAAAAGCUAGUUAUAGUUAACCUGCAGAAGACACCAUUGCACAGUAUGGCUGCACUAUGCAUUCAUGCUAAAUGUGAAGAAGUAUCCACAAUGGUAAUGGAGAAGCUUGGAUUGCCUAUACCUGAGUUUAGACUUAAGAGAAGAGUAUUCAUUAAAGUGACACAAAGUACUAAAGGACCUCCUGAGGAACAGGUUUCUUUAUCAAUAGAAGGACAGGACAUGUAUGGAUUCUAUUUCUCAUUCCUAACUGGAGUUACAGUGUCUGUGGGUGAAAGACCUCAACAGUUGCAAGAGCCUUUCUCUAUCAGGUUUCCAUGGAGAGCAUCAGCUGGUGCAUCAUCUGAUGAAAUGAAGGCUCAGUUGACGUUUCAUUUUCAAGGACAUUAUGGUGAACCACCACUUGAUAAAGAACUGAUUAUUAAAAAGGGAGUGAAAGGUAAUUAG